AUGAAGCUCUCUGCAUACAUUGCGGCAGUGGCCGCGGUUGCUGGUGUCAAGGCUUCUCCGCACCCCGCAUAUCAACAGCAAAACCAGCAGUCCCUUGGUUCGACAACCUCACCUUCGGUAGCUACCUACAGCCAGGACCAAUUGGAAGAUAUCAUCAAUGACUCCCCCCUUCUGUCAUUGCACCGCGAUCUGGUCGAGAUUGAGUCUAUCUCUGGUAAUGAGCACGAGGUCGGCCUCUUCGUUGCACAAUUUCUAGAAAGCCAGAACUUCACUGUGGUCAAACAGGAAGUGCCUCCAGUUAAGGGCCAGGAGAACACCGAGCCCCGCUACAAUAUCUAUGCUGUUCCCAAGUCCUCAGUUCAGCCUCCUUCCACAAUCCUCACCAGCCACAUAGAUACUGUCCCACCUUUCAUCCCAUACUCAGUGCGUCAGCCACAGGACGCAAGCUCCGACCCAGAGGACCUAAUCAUCGCGGGCCGUGGCUCUGUCGAUGCUAAGGGCAGUGUCGCAGCUCAAAUUUUCGCAGCCCUCGAAACACUUGAGGAAAACCCAGGCGCAAACCUAGGCCUCUUGUUCGUCGUCGGCGAGGAAAUCGGCGGAGAUGGCAUGCACGUCUUUGCUGACUCAAAACUCAACCAGAAGGAUGCUUUCAAGACUCUCAUCUUCGGCGAACCCACCGAAGCCGCCCUCGUCUCUGGCCACAAAGGCAUGCUCGGCUUCCAGGUCCUUGCCCACGGUAGUGCUGCCCACUCCGGCUACCCCUGGCUAGGAAAGAGUGCCGUGUCGGCAAUUCUCCCAGCCCUGUCGCGCGUCGACGUCCUAGGCAACAUCCCCGCCGAAGAGGGCGGUCUUCCUGCAUCCCCGAAGUACGGACCUACGACGCUAAACAUCGGCAAGAUUCGUGCUGGUGUUGCCACCAACGUUGUGCCUUCAGAGGCCAUGGCCGAUGUUGCUGUCCGACUUGCGGAGGGAACUCCCGAGGAGGCACGCAAGAUUAUCCUUCGUGCCGUUAAAGACGCCACGAAGGAUUUCGAGGCGGAAGUGGUUGUUGAUUUCAAGUCGCACGAUGAGUCUUACCCGCCGCAGGAUCUUGAUGUUGAUGUUGAGGGCUUCGAAGUUGCUACCGUCAACUAUGGCACUGAUGUGCCUAACCUGGCUGUUGCGACCGGUGUGAAGCGGUACCUAUAUGGUCCUGGUAGCAUCUUUGUUGCCCAUGGUGACAAUGAGGCUCUGAGCGUGCGCCAGAUCACUGAGGCCGUCGACGGCUACAAGAAGUUGAUACAGGCUGCUGUUGAUAGAGAGAGCAAGGGUGUAUAA